AUGACCGAAAAAGCCGAGACUAACCUCCUAUUCCUUGUAGUCGACCCAGAACGACGCCAAUGGCGAUGGCCAAACUAUAUUGCUUUUUGGAUUGCGGAUUCAUUAAAUAUUAACACAUGGAUGAUUUCCUCUUCGAUGAUCGUCGACGGUCUUUCAUGGUGGCAGUCAUGGCUUUGUGUCUGGGUGGGAUAUUUCAUAGCUGCAUGCUUCGUAUGCCUGACAGGUCGGAUUGGUGCCGUGUAUCACAUUUCAUUCCCGGUCACGGCACGCGCUUCAUUCGGAAUCUGGGGAUCUUUCUGGCCUGUCAUCAACCGAGUAGUCAUGGCCAUCAUCUGGUAUGGCGUACAAAGCUACAUUGGAGGCCAAUGUGUGACUAUAAUGAUUGAGGCUAUUUGGCCAAGCUAUCGAAACCUCCACAAUGGCCUCUCGGCCAGUGCCGGCGUUGACACUAAGAAUUUCCUUAGCUUCUUCCUCUUCUGGUUGUGCUCGCUACCAGCACUGUGGUUUCCAGUGCAAAAGAUCCGUCACCUGUUUACAGUCAAGGCCAUCUACUCUCCCAUCGCCGCCAUCGCCUUCUUUGCCUGGGCCAUCUCUCGCGCUCACGGCCUCGGUCCAAUCAUCCACCAAUCCAACACUGUCCACGGUUCCGACUUCAGAUGGGCAAUGGUGAAGGCUAUCAUGUCCUGUAUCGGAAACUUUGCGGCCCUCAUCAUGAACAACCCUGACUUCUCACGCUUUGCACGGACGCCCAAGGACGCUACAUGGUCACAGCUGCUCACUAUUCCCGUUGGAUUUGGUAUCACCUCAUUCAUCGGUAUCAUCGUCUCGUCCUCGUCUUCGGUGAUUUUCCACGACGGCUACACCUGGAAUCCACUUGACCUUCUCGGAAAGUUCCUUGACGGGGCUAGUUCCGGACAACGCUUCGGCAUCUUCAUCAUUGCCGCUGGAUUCGUGCUUGCCCAGCUGGGAACCAAUAUUUCUGCGAACUCGGUCUCUGCGGGAACUGACCUCACUGCACUUAUGCCUCGGUACUUGAACAUUCGACGCGGUAGCUACAUUUGUGCUAUUGUCGGUCUGGCAAUGUGCCCGUGGAAUCUCGUUUCUACCUCCAACAACUUCACUACCUACCUAUCCGCCUACUCCCUCUUCCUUUCCGCGAUUGCCGGCGUUAUGAUAUGCGACUACUACAUCGUACGAAAGGGGUACCUUGACAUCAGAUCGCUGUACAGCAGCCACAAAACCGACCCUUACUACUUCACAUACGGGUUCUCGUGGCGUGCCUACACAGCUUACAUUUGUGGAAUCAUGAUCAACAUCGUGGGCUUCGCCGGCGCAGUCGGAUGCGAUGUACCCAUCGGCGCACAAUAUAUCUACAACGUGAACUACUUUUCCGGCGUGAUCGUUUCGGGCACCGUGUACCUCCUUCUGACGUGGCUCUUCCCCAUCCCUGGGACAAGCGCGAUUUGGAACGAAGUCGAUAUCGAUACCUUGGAUCUCGACGUUGCAUACGGGCAGGAUCCUAGUGAUUUGGAGGCUCACGGCGGGCGAACAUCCUUUGAUAAACUCUCGCUUGAUCAAAAGGGUCCUAGCCCGUCUACACAAAAGGUUUGA